CACACACACUCUCGUGCAUACAUCAUCUGGGCUGCUCUCCUCUCUCCUCUCAUUGGAUGUUUGUCGCUGGGAACUUUGGAGAUCCGUCUCUUUUGUGGUUCGGUGCGCAGAGAGGAGCUUGUGUUGCAGUUUUCGGACAGCACAGAUGUUUCCAGUUUGACCUCCUCCUCCGUCACGUCUGGAUGCCCCCACCUAUUUGUGCCAAAGGAGCAGAGGAGGAUGGAGAGAGACACGAUGGGCGCACAUCCAGUGAUGUGACUUCUUUUUAUAGACAAAUGGUGAAGUUUGAAGUAAUAUUUAGCAAUGCGGCAGAGAGGAGGAAGGAAAAUCACUUCUCUUCAUCAAAUUCUGCAGAGUAGCCUGCAAAUCUGCUCCGUGUCAGUCUCCACUGCUGUCUGCAAAGUGGCAGCUUUCCACUGCACUUCUGUCCAAAAUUUAGCUGACGUCAGUGUCUCCAGAAGAUGCUGAGAAAGAUGGUGACGUUGAGGAGGUUCCUCCACGUGAAGGGAGACGUGAUGUGCACGAUGCUGCUGCUGGUGCUGUUUUGUCUGCUGCUUUACGCCCGCCAGGUGGUGGUGUCCUCUGGGUGGGACAGGCCUGUGUGGAAGCUGGAAAUCCAUGGCUCCACCAGCUCCAGCAGGAACCUACUGGGUGCCAGCGGGGCCAAAGGAGGCCAGGAGUCUUCUGGGCAGAUCCAAUCCAGCCCUUCCGAGCCACAAAUGCCAUCCUGCAAGCCCCAAUCCAAGUCCAAACCUCCUCAGUCUAAGCCCAAACCUCCUCAGUCUAAGCCCAAACCUCCUCAGACCAAGCCCAAACCUCAGGUCAAAUCUAAGGGGAAAUCAAAGUCCCGACGGAAAAAUGCUGUUCCGACCAAGCCAGCUGGCAAGCCCCUGCCCACGAUGCCACCGUUUGACUUUGAGGGCUAUCUGAGAGAAAAGGACAACAGAAACUUUAAGCUGCUCAUUGACCAGCCAGAUAAAUGUCACAUCGAAGGAGCAAAGGAAGAAGGAGGAGAAGAAGGAGGAAGUGAAGGGUCUACUACUGCACCCUACAUGCUGAUUGCGGUGAAAUCCAUCCCUGCAGAUUUUGAGAAGCGUCAGGUGGUGCGUCGGACCUGGGGCAAGGAAGGAGUUUUCAAAAAUGGUGUGUCGAUCCGUACUGUUUUCCUGCUGGGGGUCCCCAGGAAUCGGACCGCUCUGCCUCUGUGGGAUCGGCUCCUGACCUACGAGAGUCAAACCUUUCGGGACAUCCUGCUGUGGGACUUUGAAGACACCUUCUUCAACCUGACGCUGAAGGAAACACAUUUUCUGAAAUGGGUCAACAGCAGCUGUCCUCAUGUCAAAUUCAUCUUCAAGGGCGACGCUGAUGUGUACGUCAACGUGGAGAAUAUACUAGAGAUGCUACACGGUCAGAAGCCAGACAAGGAUCUGUUUGUUGGCGAUAUUAUUAUCCACGCAAAACCUAUUCGCCGGCGCAGCUCCAAAUACUACGUGCCAGAGUUCGUUUACGGAGGGGGUUUGUACCCGAAUUACGCUGGAGGAGGAGGCUUCGUCAUGUCGGGACAUACAGCACGGAGACUUAGCUCUGCCUGUCAGCAGGUGGAGUUGUUCCCCAUUGAUGAUGUCUUUUUGGGAAUGUGCCUCCAGCUGAUCGGUGUCAAACCAUCACGUCACCAGGGUUUUCGGACCUUCGGAAUACCCCGACCGUCUGCAGCGCCUCACCUUCAGACUUUCGAUCCGUGUUUUUACAGAGAACUCAUGGUUGUUCACAGCCUCAGUGUUCCUCAGAUCUGGCUUAUGUGGAACCUCCUGCACGACCCCAAUCUGAGCUGCCACAACAGGACCAGCCCGACGUCCUGGCCCUUUAAGUGGAAGGACAAGCUCGGAGAGGAGACGGACUACGAUGAGAAGCAGGUGUUUGUCACGCAUUAGCUCCUGCAGGACCGAGUGAGAUAUGCAAAAGCCCCAGUGAGGAUAAACUGGUUAUAAAGCGGGAUCUGUGGCUGACUUGAAAGGCUUGAGAUGUGCUCAAAAGUGCAGUUGAGUCAUAUGAGACUUUAUCCGAGCUGGCAGAUUGUCUUUGGGGAAAUGAAUUGGCAAAGGCCUAAUGUGCUUCAGAUUUUCAGCGAGGAAGCCCAAAGAGAAUUUAGGCUUUUUUCCAUCCGAGCCCAUCUGUGUGUUCAUACAGUGAUUGUGAAACAAUCAUGCAGCAAGACCUUGAUUUGCAAAGAAGAUUGUGAGAAGACUUUUGAAUGUGUAAUCUUCAGAAUGUAUUGCGUUGUUAUUGUUUGCACAGAAACACGGUGAGACCCACAACAUGACGACGUGGUUAGCUGGUUUAACCCCAUCUGAGCGCAAAUGCAUCUGUGUGUCUGUUUCAGUGUUUCACAGUUGGUAAGAGACAUAGACCUAGACUAGAAAACAUACAGCCUUUUUUUCUCUUCAAAAACUGUAAACAGGAAACCAAAUAUUCAAACUACAUACACAAAACCUCGAACUCUUUUGGCAAAAUCAAACACUCGUCUCAAAACCAUUUUGUUUUUGCUCACGAUUCAAACAAUGCUCUCAGAUCAUGCACACAGGCAGUGCGUAUAUAAACAGUGAGCAGGCAUUUACAUCAACAGACAGAAAACACAGUGUUAGGGUAUGCAGCUUUUCAUUGUGUUUAAGUAACACAUUUUGCUUCUUUUUUUUAAAAAAAAAAAAAAACUUAAAAAAUAUAUAUUCAGAACCUCUCAUCUUUUUGCUGGUUUUAGGCCAAAAGAUCUCAUCCACAUUGCAGACAGUGUUCUUCAUUAUGAGGCAACAGAGGAAAAAACCCUGGUGUGCUGGAUCCAGUCUAUACCACAGUCAGUACAUUUACAUGAUGUUAGAAAAAGUCGAAUUAUUGUGUUAGUCCAACUAAA